CGGAAGCAUACAUUCGUAUACAACUUUGAUUUGAAUUAGUAAAAAGCGGCAUCAGCUGUAAGGCGGCCGUGGCCCAACAUGCAGCGUGCCGGCAGACCUCGCUCCCCAGACAGAUGGGCAGGAAGUCCUCCUGGGCCGGGAUGGGAUCGUGAACGCAGCCGUUCUAGGUCGCGGAGCCGCUCGCGAUCACCCCGAGGCGGUGGAGGGGGCGGCAGGUUUGGCGGGGGUGGCCGAGGUCGUGGCGGCUACAGCGGUGGACCACCUGGCCCUGGCGGCUACCGGGGGGGCCCGCCACCUCAACGAUACAACGGCGGCUACAGCCCUGGCCGCGACGGACGCAGCGACGAUAGCGCCUCUUCGUCCUCCUCGGGAGAAUCCGAUCGAGGGCCCCGACGUGGACCACCAGGCCGCGGCCGCGCCCUGCCCGGCGCCGACGGAGCUGCCGCCGCCGGCGGCGGCGGCGCUGCCGCCACCCGUCGCGAAGUCGAGCUUCAGUCCCAAGUAACUGCUCUGGAACAGGAGCUCGCCACUCAGAAAGCGGCUCACGAGGCGGACCGGAAGAAACUGGAGUUUGUGAGCGACAAGGUCCGUGCCGUUGCUGAGCGGUCCAAGAACCGCGGCAACAUGCUGGUUCGUCUUGUGGCGGCGUUACGAAGAGUGGAUGGCGCCAGGGUGGGCGUGGAGGCGGCACAAACAGAGCUGUCCAAGGCACAAGAAGACCUGAACACGGUGGUUCAGCAGGCAACGGUGAUGGUGGAGGGUGAGGAGGCGGCCUUUGCGGCAGGAAAGUCCGAGCCACCGUCCGGCCCUGCGCCUCCUCAACAGCAUCCGCAGCAGGUGACGGCAGCGGCGGCUGGAGGGCCGCCACCUCCCCCCCCUGGAGAACCCCCGGGAGGCCCAUCUAGCACAGCUGCGCUCGUUCCAACGGGUCUUGGGUCGGGGCCAAUGGACCGACGGGGAUUGGAGGACAUGGUGGAGGGCGGUGGUGGGUGGAGCGAGGCGGGGGUAGCUGGGGGCGGCGGGGAGGGGCGGCCCAAGGCGCUGAGCUUUAAACUUCGUAUCCCUACCAAUGUGUAA